AUGGCCAGGCUCCUCGUCACCUGCUGCCUGGUGGCCCUGUUCCUCGGCGCCUGGACUGACAUCGCCUUCUCCAAGAAGAGCAAAGGCAAACCCAGCGGAGGAGGCUGGGGCACGGGGAGUCACCGCCAGCCCAGCUACCCCCGCCCGCCUGGCUACCCCCAGAAUCCCGGCUAACCCCAUAAUACCGGGUACCCCCGGAAACCCCCCAAACCCAAGACCAACUUCAAGCACGUGGCCGGGGCGGCGGCGGCGGGCGCCGUGGUGGGAGGUUUAGGGGGCUACGCCAUGGGACGCGUCAUGUCGGGGAUGCACUAUCGCUUCGACAGCCCCGAUGAGUACCGAUGGUGGACCGAGAACUCGGCGCGUUACCCCAACCAGGUUUACUACCGGGAUUACAGCAGCCCCGUCUCGCAGGACGUCUUCGUCGCCGACUGCUUUAACAUCACGGUGACCGAAUACAACAUCGGACCCGCCGCCAAGAAGAACGUGUCGGAGGCUGGGGAGGCGGUGAACCAAACGGAGGCGGAGCUGGAGACCAAGGUGGUGACGAAGGUGAUCCGGGAGAUGUGUGUCCAGCAGUACCGCGAGUACCGCCUGGCCUCCGGCAUCCGGCUGCAUCUCGCUGACGCCUCCCUCGCCGCCCUCCUCCUCCUCACCCUCUACGCCAUGCACUGA